AUGGAUGGCAUCGACGCUUGGUAUUGGAGAUUAAACAAAAAGUACGGGCACAAUGGCAUAUACGAAUUAAAUGUUGCUGGCAAUAGGCAAAUCGUAAUUACUCGCGCGGAAUAUGUCGACACUUUCGUGGCUGCCGAUAGCAAGGCGCAUUUUAUGAGAACUCCAAAUAACGGUUUAUUUAAUUUAUUCAGUCUCGAAAAGAAAGGUGUAAUGAUGAACGACGAUUACAAUUAUUGGAAAUUCAAUCGCCAUGUCUUUACGCAUUCCAUCAUGCCAUUGUGUCAAACGGAUAAACCGGGCACUCUUUUAAACCAAUUGUAUGAGGAAAUGGAACAAUGUUGGACCGAUUUGAAGCAGCCAGGCGAAAGGGGCACUGUUAUCGAUAUCGCAAGUUGGAUGCGUCAUUUUACCACAGAUUAUAUCGCCAUGUUGACAGCUGGAAAACAAAUGUCCGUCAUGAAGCAUUAUUGGCAAAAAUUAAAGAAUGAACCGCUCACUAAAGAGAUACUCGAUACUGAAGAGUUUGUCGAAGGCAUAAAUACUUUCGUAUUAGACCAUCAACUUAUAUUUGCGCCAAAGAUUUUACGAAACCUGCCUUUUAUUAAACCGCGUGUGGACAAACUAUUGAAAAAUUGUAACCGACUUUACGAAAAACUGGUGAAUAUUGUUAAAGAAAAAAGAAAAGAAGUUGAAAAGACAAUCAUGCAUGGCGAACUUAACAUGAAACGGAUGGAUUUGUUGACGUCCUUGAUCAUUGCUAAUACACAAUAUGAUCCUCAUCCUCAAGAAAAAGUUGAUCCAUCAUUAGCAAGACCAAUGACCGAUGAUGAGAUUCGCGGCGUCAUAUUUGAUGCGUUUGUUGCCGGUACGGAUACGUCUGUAAAUACUUUUUGUUACGCAUUAUAUUACAUCUCACAUCAUCCAAAAGUUAAAAAGAAAUUGUUGGAAGAACUUGAAACAGUGUUUAAAGGUGACUCAUACAGACCGAUUACAUUAGAAGAUCUUGCAAAUUUAAAAUACGUGGAAGCCAUUGUUAAAGAAACGUCAAGGAUAAGACCUACGAUUACUAUGCUUUCAAGAUACAGCCAACGACCUGACAAAAUAGCAGGAUACAUGUGGCCGGCCAAAACGUAUUUUAUAAUGUACGUUCGUGGAAUCAACAACAAUCCACUUUAUUGGAAAGAACCUGACAAGUUCAUCCCGGAAAGGUUUUGUGGAAAUUAUGAAAUACAUAAAAAUUCGUUUUCAAUGUUUGGUGGAGGUCCGAGAAUAUGCCCAGGUAGAAAACUUGCAAUAAUCGAAUUGAAAACGUUAUUAGCCUCAGUUUAUAGAAGAUUUGAUGUCGAAUUGUUAGAUAUGCACGCACCUGUAAAA